UAUUAAUAAGAAUCGACAUAAGUGUUAACAUGUAUUAUAUAUACUUAUAUGCAAAAGUAUGAUGUUACGCAUUGGGCCUUGCUGUUCUAAAUGGAAGGUGUCUGCAUGCUAAGUGCUAACGUUACAUUAGCCGUGGGAGCUGCACAGUAAACUGCAGUAAGGAGAACGUUAGAGAAAGUUAAUUUUUAUACAUAUUAAAACUUCCAGUUAUUAUUUAUAAGAUAUUAAUUUGGCACCAACUUGUUUGUGAGGUUAACUGCAAUGCAGACGUCAUCCAAAAAUUGCACCAAACAAACUAAUUCAGCUGUGAAAAAAAAUAACGUUACUGUAUUUGUGGUUUUCAUAGGAUGCGUACAAAGUACAUAAACUACAGUACUUGUCAAAAGGUCAUCAUGAAUUUUAAUAUUUUGUAUGCUUAAAACACAACGUUGUACUCAAAAUGUUUAAAUUGAAUUAAACGGUCUAAUAUGAGGAUCCAUGUUAAACGCUUUUGGAGAACAUGUAACCUGUCAUGUCCCUCUAUGUCUCUCCUCAGGAAGUGAUGAGUGAAGAUUCUAACCCUGCAGCCUCACCCACUCCCUGUCAGGACAUACAGGGAGAUGGUCGAUGGAUGUCAUUGCACAAUCGAUUUGUAUCAGACAGUAAAGGAAAAGAGCCGGAUGUUCUGUUUGUUGGAGAUUCACUUGUCCAGCUUCUGCAUGAGUUUGAGGUUUGGCGAAAACUGUUUUCUCCUCUCCAUGCUCUGAAUUUUGGGGUUGGUGGGGAUGCUACACAGCAUGUAUUGUGGAGACUCAUAAAUGGAGAACUGGACUACAUCAACCCAAAGGUGGUGGUGUUGUGGGUAGGCACUAAUAAUCAUGGUCACACCCCAGAACAGAUCUGUGGAGGCAUCAUGGCCAUCAUCAAUGUGAUCCAUCAGAAACUGCCUCAUGCUCACACUCUUGUAUUGGGGUUGCUGCCGAGAGGUAAAAGUCCAAACCCUCUUCGCGAGCGUAACGCGAGUGUGAAUGCUGUAGUUCAGGCUGAGGUAGCGUCUCUGUCUCAUGUCUCCUUUCUGGACGUGGACCCUGUGUUCAUUCACUCAGAUGGUUCCAUCGCACAUCAGGACAUGUAUGAUUAUCUGCACCUCACGCCGCAGGCCUACCAGAGGGUGUGCCAGCCCUUACAUGAACGCAUCAAAUCCCUGUUAGAUAAACAUGCUCCCUGAACGCAAAACAAAAUACAGUACAGCAUACACCCUUUCCUGCACGUGAACGGAUGUUUCAUCCUUUAUGCUCUACAAUUAGGGCAUUAUUGAGAUAUAAACACCCUCAGGAAAACUAAUGACUAUUUAAUAGACACAAACUCAUAUAUAUAUAUAUAUUACAUGCUUUCUGUCAAUAUGCAUUGCUGCUUCCUUGUUACUACAAAAAUUUAUUUUAUUGUUCGUUGAGAACCAGCUUAACGGCAUAGUUCAUCCAAAAAUAAAAAAUGGUGUUGUCAUUCUUCAUGUGGUUCCAAUCAUUCUAUGAUUCAUCUAUUUUUGUCCCAAAAUGCAUUUUCUUCUGUGUUUCAUAGAAUAAAUAGUCAUACAGGUUUAGAAUGACAUGAGGGUGAGUAAAUAAAAACAGAAUUUUAUUUUUGGGUCAACUAUUCCUUUAAAUUCUGUCAGAUUUAUUCUCUUUACAUAAAAUGGUUAGUACAUUCACGAUGACCUCUGAUGAGUAAUGGUUGUUGAAGUGUACAUAAGGGCUGUGUGCUGCUGUCGUGGUUUGAUUGCUGAAGAAUUUCUUGUGAUCCUUGUGUAGGAAACAGCAGUUUUCCCGAAAGCAUGCAGUGUAGCCCUUCAGAUGUUGACAACUGCUCGUUUAUUUGUUGAAAGGAACAAUAUGUGUUAAUUUGGUUUCUCCCACAGUAUAUGCCCACAGGCUCUUUUCUGAGAAAAGGGUAGGUGCUUUACACAAAGUUACGUACCAUUAAAAUGAUUCCGUCAGAUGUAAUGUUUUAGACGCUUUGUGAUAAACACUGAAUUAGUGUUUCGGUUAUUUUGUACAGUAUUUUUGUUAUUUUUGUAAUUUUCUCCCACGUAUAUGUCUACUUUAUAUUUUUACUGUUAAUUUUGUGUUAUGUUCCAGUGAGUGAUGAAUUAUAUGAACUUUAUGCACCGGGGUAUCUAAAAAAUUUACAGUGUGGAUGAAAUCCUAAAAUCUUAUAACACAUGGAAUGGGCUUUGGAUGGUCUGUGCAUAGCUCAGUUUCUAAUAAGCAGAGAAUUUAAAUCAUAAGGAGCCGAUCAAUGGUUUUAUUUUAAUGGUAUUACAGUUGAAUUGUAUUGUUGUAUUACAACCAACAAACCAUCCCUUUCAAAUGGUGAAGAAUAUGAUUAAAUGUUGCGGUGUAUGAUGAUUCUGCUGCUGCUUUGUCCUGGUGUUUGUGUUUGUGCUGAUUUGUCUGAGGGGUUUUUGUGAACAUUGUUAUCUUCUAGUAGCCUUGGGAGAUUCCAGGAAUUGCAUUUCCUCAUGACUUGUUGAGAUUCUAGUCUGAGGUUUAGAUGUCAUGCCUGGUGCUGCAAUAAACAAUUAUCAUGGAA